AUGUCGACCAAAGAUGUACGAACUCAUACCAUGCUGGAUCUUGAGAUAGCCGCACACCCAUUGAAACAUAAUCCUGCGAUCAUCCAGACCGGCGCUAUUCAUUUUCAUAUCGAAACCGGCAAGGUCUUGAAGACUUUCUCCAUAGACAUCAACUUAGAAUCUUGUAUUGAAUCCGGCUUAAUCACUGAUUCGGAUACACUUCAGUGGCUUGAGAAAAACAUCCCGGGUACUCGACCCAACCGACCUCCAACGGAUUUGAGAAAGCCAUGGAUGCACUAUAACGAUUUCUGUGUUCGAACUUACUGCGAAGCGGCUUUCUCAAUUACCGGAAGAAAUAUCCGACGUGAAGUGGACAAAUCUUUCGUCGGUAAAAAUCACAAUGCUAUCGAUGACUGCAAGCAUCAGAUACUCUACCUGACCAAGUGUCGCGACGCAUUUCGAGGACUGCAAGGCUCUGCUAUUACUCCAGUUCCUGCUGGACCGAUUUUCGAAUCUUCAGUGAAACGACCCAGGACUGUAUUGGAUGACAAUCGUUCCAGAAUGGGUUUAGACUAG